AUCUCCCUCCCUGUCAAACCAAACCUCUCCGAAUCCCUGUAUUCAUUCUGCUGCACACCUCCUCCUCCUUCUCCUCCUCCUCUUCCUCCUCCUCCUCCUCCACCCCCUCUCUUAGAAACAUAAUGUGAUCAGCAGGCCAGGGAGGGCGCAUCCAAUGAAAAAGUGGGAGUGCCGCAGGCUGCAGGCCGAUUGGCUGCCCUGACACUAAGCAGACUGAGCAGAGGCUGCAGAUGGGGAUUAGAGGUGGGUCUCUGCACGCUGGGCUGACUGACUGUGUUGCUUCAGUGCAGGAGGCCUCCUCACCUCCUGACAGAUCAGCAGUGGCUCCAGAUUGACCCGCUUUCUGACUUCCCCUCUGAUGAUCCAGGUCUGCCUGCGUCUGUCCUGCCACCAUGGUCGUUCCUGAAUCUCAGGACAAAAUGUUCUACCCUCCUGCUGACCUGCAGAGGGAUGCUCAUGUGCCUGACUUUAACUCCUAUCUGGCAUCUUACAGGAAGUCUCUAGAGAAUCCAGAAGCUUUCUGGAAGGAGAUUGCCGAUGAGUUCUUCUGGAAGAAGCCGGCGACGGGGCCGAUGCUGCAGUACAACUUUGACGUGACAAAGGGGAGCGUUUACGUGAAAUGCAUGGAGGGGGCCAAAACCAACAUGUGCUACAACGUCCUGGACCGGCAUGUGAAGGAGGGCGGCCUCGGGGAGAAGGUGGCCUAUUACUGGGAGGGGAACUCACCCGACCAUCACAUGACCAUCACCUACCGCCAGCUGCUCAGUCACGUCUGCCGCUGUGCCAACGUGCUCAAGCAAAUGGGUGUGAAAAAGGGCGACAGGGUGUCCAUCUAUCUUCCCAUGAUCCCAGAGCUGCUCUACACCAUGCUGGCCUGUGCUCGGAUAGGUGCUGUCCACUCCAUCGUGUUUGCAGGUUUCUCCUCUGAGUCUCUGUGUGAGAGGAUCAUGGACGCCCAGAGCAGCGUUUUGGUGACGGCAGAUGGCGUUUACCGAGGAGAGAAGCUCAUUAACCUGAAGCAGAUUGCAGACGAGGCUCUGGAGAAGUGCCGGGAAAAAGCGUCCUGCAGCGUCACCAAAUGCCUCGUCGUGAAGCAUCACGCGCUGAGGACAAAAACUGGAGCUGCAUGCAACAAACUGCAGACGCCCUGGGACGCCCAGUGUGACGCGUGGUGGGACGAGGAGAUGAAAGAAUCUGCUGAAGAGUGUGAACCCGAAUGGCUGGACGCCGAGGACCCGCUGUUCAUCCUCUACACCAGCGGCUCCACCGGCAAGCCCAAGGGCGUUCUCCACACCGUCGCCGGCUACCUGCUCUACACAUCACUGACCUUCAAAUGCGUCUUCGAUCAUCACCAUGACGACGUGUACUGGUGCACGGCCGACAUCGGCUGGAUCACCGGCCACUCCUACAUCACCUACGGACCCCUGGCUAACGGAGCCACCAGCGUUCUGUUUGAAGGAAUCCCCGUUCACCCUCACGUCGGCCGGUUCUGGGAGAUCAUCGAGAAGUACAAAGUGACCAAGUUCUACACGGCUCCCACAGCGAUCCGCCUGCUGAUGAAGUAUGGGAAGGAACCUCUGCAGAAGUACGACCUGUCCAGUCUGAGGAUUCUGGGUAGCGUAGGCGAGCCGAUCAACCCCGAGGCGUGGCAGUGGUACCAUGAGGUGGUGGGUCAGGGCCGGUGUCCGGUGGUCGACACCUUCUGGCAGACAGAGACGGGAGGUCACGUUCUGACUCCUCUACCUGCUGCUACGCCUCUGAAACCAGGAUCUGCUACCUUUCCUUUCUUCGGUGUGGAGCCGACCAUCCUCAACGAACACGGAGAGCAGCUGGAAGGUGAAGCUGAGGGUUAUCUGGUGUUCAGGAGGCCCUGGCCUGGAAUAAUGCGCAGCGUGUACAAAAACCACGAGCGCUUCGAGAACACCUACUUCAAGAAAUUCCCAGGCUUCUACGUGACCGGCGAUGGCUGCAGGCGGGAUAAAGACGGCUAUUACUGGAUCACAGGGAGAAUAGACGACAUGCUCAACGUGUCAGGCCACCUGAUGAGCACAGCGGAGGUGGAGGCGGCUCUGACGGAGCAUCCAGCUGUGGCCGAGGCCGCCGUGGUGAGCCGACCUCACAAGGUGAAGGGAGAAUGUCUCUACUGCUUCGUCACCCUCAAAGACCACCGAGAGUUCAGCCACAUGCUGGUGGAGGAGCUGAAGAGACAGGUGAGAGAGAAAAUCGGACCAAUCGCAACACCAGACUUCAUUCAGAACGCCCCGGCACUCCCGAAGACUCGCUCAGGGAAGAUCAUGAGGCGAAUCCUCCGGCAGAUCGCCCGGAACGAGAAGGACCUGGGCGACCUCUCCACGCUGGCCGACCCCAAGGUGGUGGAGGAGCUGUUCAGCCAGAGAUGUGAAGCUGCAGCCUGAACCGGCGGACCUUCACUUCUGUAGCAUGAAGACAAUCACAAGCUGCUGGUCCUGGAUCAGCGUUUCAGUGUUUGUGUGCACUAUUUGGGACUGAAUGAUGUGGCCGGGGAUCAGAAAAGAUGUUUAUGUUUUAUGUGGAGAAGGAGGAGGAUGAUGAUUAAUGUGUGCAGAUGUGUUGAUACGGGGUUGUUGGAGGUUUGGGCCAAAAUGUCGCUCAACUGAACAGAAAUCUAAACGCAGCAUGUCAUGUUUUAUUAAAUCGCAACCUUUCUAUUUAACAUUGGAACAUCUCCACAACACCAAACACACUGUAUCUGAAAUUAGAAUUAGUAGAAUAGAGUAAAGAAGCUGGUUGGAGGUGGUUUGCUGUCCACCGUUCUUUAGGACUUGGUAGGGCUGACAGACGUUUUUGGGGGACAGGAUCGUGUUGACGGACAUCCAGUGUCUCAUUGACGUUGGAUUGUUGACAUAUUGGGGGAGUUGCUUUGUUAAAAUGCUAAAAGGCAAAAACUAUCAGUAUGAGGUUUUCAUCUUGGUAUCGGUGGGCUUUGACAUUGAUGAAACGUAGAUGGGGUCUUUGACAAUGCAGACGACUUCAUAGCACUUCCUUUAUCAAUGCUAAGCACAUCUCUAUAGAGCUAAAACCAAAAAUAAUCAAUGAACAGAACCAUCCUCCAUCUUGCUAGUGUCAAAUAAAUGUGGACGGUCACCAGCUGGAGCCAGUUUGUCAUUGGAUCAAGGCCUUGGCGUGGUUAAAGAGUAGGGAUGGAUCGAUGACCUUCUUGGUCGAUUAUCAUCGUCGAUAUUUGCCAUUUUUCCAAUUAUUGGUAUUUUAUCAACUGAUUAUUGGUAAAUUUGCUACUUCAGGUGUGAUGAAGCCUCCUCUCUCAGCCUGUUGUCACACUGUGGGGUCUGAAAUGUCUCUCAAGCAGCAAAAACUGAACAGGAAAUGAAAAAAAAAUUGCUAAUCUCACAGUGGCUAAGACUAUGCUAACGCUACGCUAACCCUAUUUCAGUGACAGAAGUUUAGCACAAAUAUUGAUCAAACCAUCAAAAAUUAACACCGUUUAAGGAGGUUUUUCCUCAUGUUGUGAUUUCAUCUGACCCACAGAAAACUUACCAAGGAAUUAGUCUGAUCCUUAGAUCCUCUAAGCGUUUACAGCCCCAUCUUCAUCUUCAUUCCAGAUCUGGACCAGAUACGGACCUUUGUUCUAAACCUGCACACAAAAAUACAGAAAGGCACAUUCAAUUUAAAACAAUUCUUCUUGUUUUUUGUUAGAAGCCGAAGCAGCUGAUGGUCAAAGGAAAGUCUGUGGUCAAACAUCCGAUUCUUGUUCCUUAAAGCCAACUUAGUGGUUAAGAAUUAGUCCCCAACUGAACGUAUUUUUGUGCACUUUUAGCAAACUUUGAUCACCUUCUGACAACAACAAUAAAACAGAUUUUGAAGGGUUUCUCUCGGCCAGUAAAGAAGACCUGCUGCGGUUAUGUUUUCUGUUCAGUGUAACUCUUGAAGCUUUUCUCGUCUCAUUUUGUUGAAGGAAGAAAUUCUGCUUCUAUUUUCAAAUCUUGAACUAGAAAGACCUGCUUUGCACUGCUUGUUUCUGACUGAUGUAUAUUUCCAAUCUGUGAAUUAAAUCCAUGUCCUGAGAAUGAAA